CUAAACUCCGAUAAUAAUUAUCUAUAAAAUUAACAAAAACAAAAAAAUAAACUCCAGAUAAGGGACUAUUUUUAAAACAGGAACAUGGAUGCCGGAGCAGCCGGCGAUUCCACCGCCACCUCCGCUGUGUCACAGCUAACCCACACCAUGUGGCAGCGGUACCAGUAUUUCUUGGACAAAUCGACGCCGCUGGUGCUGUACCGUUGGAUCUUCCUGUUGGUGAUUGCAUUCAUCUACGCCGUGCGUAUGUACGUUGUUCAGGGGUACUAUAUCGUCACUUACGGGUUGGGAAUCUACAUCCUCCAGCUGUUGAUUGCGUUCCUUUCGCCCCAGAUAGACCCCGAGAUCCAAGAGGUGAUCGACGGGCCCGGCCUUCCGACCCGAGGCUCCGACGAGUUCCGGCCCUUCGUCCGCCGCCUCCCUGAGUUUAAGUUCUGGCAUUCACUCGCAAAGGGCUUCUGCUUUGCUUUUGUGAUGACAUUUUUCAGUGCAUUUGACGUGCCUGUUUUCUGGCCAAUUCUAUUGUUCUAUUGGUUUGUGCUAUUCAUUUCAACAAUGAAGAGGCAGAUAAUGCAUAUGAUCAAAUAUAAAUAUGUGCCCUUCACCUUUGGGAAGCAGCGUUACUCUGGGAAGAAAGCAACUCCAAUUGAUGACUCAAGCACUGCCAGGCCUUAAGGUUCCAGGCAGGUCAUGGAUUUAAUCCUGAAGACAUGUUUAUGUUUAGGGCCAAAAAUUAACAUGCUCCUAACAUUCCAUUGCUGGGCAUAAGAAAUUUAUUGUACAGUUCAUCAGUGAUUUUUGUAAUAUUUUCUUCACUUUGGAAAAACCAGCCAAUACCCUAUUUUCUUCAUUGAGUGGUGAUAUGGUUCGAUGCUGUAUCUCUAUCAGAGGAAUGCCAUAAAUAAAUCCUGAUCAGUUCUAGCUCCUUGAAACUGCUGACAUAUAACAUUUCUCAGCACUACCUGUAGACAUUCAUGCAAUUUGAGAUUUUUAUGAUACAUAAUAUUACAAUUUCUUGUCACAUCAAAUAGGAAACUCCAGGUGAAUUCGUUCUGUUCCUAGAAA